AUGGAUGCAAACCUCAAUAUCAUCCAUAGGGAACAUUAUCCACAAAUGCUUUCUUUCUUCCCUUAUUCUUCUUUGCUUUUGCUGUUGGCAAUGGCAACCACAACUGAAAUUCAAGAAAAGAAAACAAAAGGGAGGCAAAGGAUAGAGAUGAAGAAAAUUGAAAAUCAAGAUGUCAUGUUUAUCACUUUCUCAAAGCGUAGGUCAGGGAUCUACAAGAAAGCGAGUGAACUCAUCACUCUAACAGGCGUAAAACUGGCUUUCACGGUGUUCUCACCAGCUGGUAAGCCAUUUUCUUUUGCUCAUCCUUCUGUUGACGCAAUUGCUAAUAGAUUUCUUAGCAAGCAACCACAGGCUAACACACAAAGCAGUACUCAUCCCCUUGUUGAAGCUCAUUGCCAGGUAAAAAUUGAGGAACUAAACCGACAGAACCAUGAACUUCUCUGUCAAUUGGAUUCACUAAAAAAGAAAGGUAAACAACUCAAGCAGAGAAUGACAGGAAAGGAGAUAAAGGGAUGGUGGGAUACUCCAAUUGAAGAGAUGAAUGUGGAACAAAUGUUAGAAGUUGAAGCCGCUUGUAAGGAGAUUCAAACUAAAUUGAUAAACAAGCUUAAGUUUAAGACUGAUGGUGGAGCUUCUUCUUCUCCAGCUUAUCAUCAAGCCCAAAUGCUGAAUCCUUUUUCUCCUGUGGGUGUUAAUAACACCAAUCUGCCUGUGUUUCCUCCUGAUUUUGAUUAG